UCUCUGGACUUUACUCAGAGCAGGAUCAAAAAAUCUUUGUGGCAUUAUCGUACAAUGGAUAUGAAGCUGCUGGCAGUCGUGGCUGCGCUCAUGGUGGUGACAUAUACGCCUCCAGCACAAGCAAAGCCCAUCAGUCUGGUGGAGAGAUGCCACUGCCGCUCAACAGUCAACAGCCUCCCACGAAGCUACAUCAGGGAGCUCAGAUUCAUCCACACGCCCAACUGCCCCUUCCAAGUGAUUGCCAAGCUGAAGACAAACAAAGAGGUGUGUGUGAACCCGGAGAUCCGGUGGCUGCAGCAGUACCUGAAGAACGCCAUUAACAAGAUGAAGAAAUCCAAACAGAGCAACUAAAAUCUCCUGCAGAUAUCCUCCUGAGCCAUCACUGAGGGUUUGAACCAUCACAGCUAUGUAACAUGUGAUAUGAGAUCAUCUGGUAUGUUGAACAGCACUUAUCCCGGCCGCUACGCUGCGGCCUUUUGCAUGGAAUGAAUCUACAACUUUUCACCGUGAACACCAGCUCACCAGCCCUGUCGCAGUCUUCACCGUCACCGCUCUCAUCACUUAUAGAGAUGUAGACGUUAUUAGUGCAAAGUGCAAUUAUAUCUGUGAGUGUAUGUUUUUCUAACUAUAAUGUAUAUACUUUUUUUUGUUAAUGGGCAUCAACAGUAGAGAGCUAUUUUUGGAGAUUCUCUUGUCCCUCUGGCCUCUCUGUCAUUUAGGAGAAAGGAUCUACCCCGGGGUCAAAGUGUUUAAGGGGGGAUGUAGGUCAGCGAGUGGAUUUUCUUCACAACAAACAGGAGUUAACAUCCCACUUGCGAGUCGCAGAGUUGUGUUUUCUGCUAAGACAGCAGAAUACAGAUUCAUUACAUCUAAUCCCAAUCAUGGGAUCUGCAUAUCCUCACCAUCUCUGAUUUUAAAUUGUAUAAAAUGAACAACAAUGUGUCGCGUCUCCUCUCAAAAACAAGCCGAGUCGCAGACUUUGCCAGGUCGUAACUCAUGUUUCAAGUUAAUUGGCACCGUGGAAUUUCAAUGGCUGCCAGCUACCCCCAGACUGAAUAUAAGAUGUAUAAAAGAUCCUAGUAAAAAUGGCUAUUACAAUGUUUUUGUGAUGGAAAUUAGGAUGCCAGAAGAGCUCGAGCAUUUCCUGAGCUGUUCUGUGGCUGUGAUUAUGCGACCGUGUGUUACCAAACAUGCCUGCUUUUUUCCGUUCGUAGAGAAAAAGCUGAACAUCUGGAUACCAAACUGUUUUAAUUGGGCGACCAAUGAGACGAAAUUUACUGGAAUCAUAAAGCUAUGACGCUUAGCAAGAGAUGUUAGGAACUAAAUGGUGGCACUCACAAAUUACAGUUAGAUGUCUUUUCGAACUGAAAAAAAGAACUUAUGUCAGCGGGAUUCUGAUUAAAAUAAACCCAUAGUAUGAAUGUCCAUUUCAAUGAAGGGUGUAUUGCAGUUUGUUACCACACUAUGUUAAACUGAGAGCCACAGUAGAAAAUGUAGAAGUAGUAUUACUGACAAUAAAUAGAUGUACAUAGAUGGGACUACCUACAACUGUCAUGCAGAUAGCAAUGCACUUUAUAUCUGAUGUAUUUUAACGACAUUUACUAUUACUCACUAAGUCUGAUCAUUAAAUUCUGUCUUUUGCCUUUUCUAUGUUAAUCAGGCUGUUUCCAUUCUGUUAUCUCUGAUCAUUGAAUGUGUAACUGCAUUUAACGCCUGGGAAAUCUCUCCACCUAUCCAUUUAAAUCUCCUUGUCACGUGUAAAAUUAAUAUUAUACAAAUGUUUUAUUUUUGUACUCUUGUAUGCAUUUAUAUAUUAAAUCUAAACAUUUAAAUGAAGGAACUGUACUCUCACAAUUGGGUCAUCCAGUCAGUGUUUUAUUGUGAAGCUGGUCAGUAAAAAAGGAAAUCUUUAAAAUGUUAUGGUUAUUAUUUUUAAUAUAUGCUUUCCUCAACAUGUUACAAGCCUUUAUCGUCGUAAAUAUGCAGCCACAGAUGCACAUGUACACACAGUUCAGUUGAGUGACUCUUUGUAUUUGGUGUAAAUCAAGGUUUUCCAGAGCCAACACACACAGCUCUUACUGUAUGAGUAGGUCAGAAGGUCUGUCUAAAGACUUUGAUGUGUGAACAUGUGUUUAGCUUUACUCACAAGGGCAAAUAAAAGGCAAGGACAAUGAUUCUGCCUGUUAUUUAACUAUUAACUCAACAAGCGACCAUUAGGAAAACAUUAGGGCUAAAAGGGAUGAACUUUUCACUUCCCUCUGAGGGCAUUAUGUGAUGCGGAGCACAGUAGUUUCUGUGAUGAGAGUGGUCCGCUGAUUGAAACAUCAGGGAGAGAUAAAGGCCUGUGAGUGGCAGUCCUCGACCCUUUUCGCUGUGUUUGCUGAUUAGCUUUGAACUCCAGUUAAAGCGGGAUUAAAGCGGAAUCAGCAGCACUGCUCGUGUGAGAUAAAGCCAUUGAUUUAGCUCUGGUGUGCAAAUUCGGAGUGGAAAUUACUAAGAUUAAAUCACUGUAUGGACUGAUUGUGUUAACCUGAUAUCACUGCAGGCAUCAGCAGGUAGCAACAAGUAUUUUCCUCCCGUGCAAUGUGAAGAUUGGGCAGCUUGUCUCAUGUGACAUUUUUAUCACACAGAGGACACAUCCUCAUAUCUUUAAGUGUGAACUAUUUGUACUCUGAGUAAACCAUUUGUGCACUGAGCAUAUUUCAAUUAAACUUAAAAUUGCUCACAA